AAAUUUCUUUUGUUUUACAACACUCUUUUCUGAAAAAUGUCAGAUUUUGACGAUUCUGAUUCAGAAUUUCAAGGAUUUGAGCUAAGAUCACCUCAGAUCCAUGUAAAAGAAUUCUUGAUAGUCGAAGAAGAAACUCCAAAAAUCAUCAAAAAGGAAGAGGUUCCAAGGAAGUUCGAAUCCGAGUUUGUUGGCUCAUUUCUGGGAGAAAGUCCAGUUGUACUUUCAAAAGAAACAGCGUUUGGAGAAGCUGGAGAGUCGGAAGUUCUGGAUUGGGAUGCCAGUACAGUUUUCAACAGCCUAGCUUGCCCUGAAAACAACCUAGAAAAGUCAGUAUGCGUCAUUCGUCUCCACGACGUCCUCACAAAAUCCGAAAUGGGAGUACACAAAAUGAAGCGACAACUUAUUCAUUGCGGACAGCUCCUUGAUGAAUAUUCUCCUCAACAACGUCGUGAUUUGGGCUUUGAUGAUUCUCAAAAUGUGAAGAAUCUUCUUCAAAUGAUCCGAGCGUUCCGGUCAACUGUUAAAAUCAUGCUGAUCGACGUGGAGGAUCUUCAGGACCAGAUUACACAAGAAGCGCAAGAUGAGACCCCAAUUAUAUCCAAAUUUUCGAAACUUUUAUACGUUUCCGGUGCAUUAGCCGUCAUUCCUAUUUGUUGGUUUAUGUACCGCAGAUUUUGUUAAGUUAUCUUUUAAAUCUUGAAUAAAAAUUUAAAAAA